AUGAUGUCGACCCACUGUAGCUGCGCAGUUGCCAGAGGGCCGAUUUUUGGCAUUUUUCGCAUAAAUUCGGCCCUCAGGGUAAGUAAGGUUCGAAAUUCAAAAUUCGGCUCGGUUCAAUUUUUGACCAAUUCGGUAAGCUUCCGUCGUGCCAAAUUUCAGCCCACUCGGUUUCGAACUGAGUGAGCACUGCCUCCAGAAAGCGCGGGGAUAUUGAUUUAUAUACGCAACGUUUUUUAUCGCGAGCUGGCGAGGCCGAAGGCCGAGCCAGCUCGCUUGCUGCUCCGGGAGGCUCCAGCCGAAGGCUGGAGCCGACCGGAGCCCUAUUCACACAGCGAAACAGACAAUUUUUAUAAAAAUUUAUUGCGAGCUGGCGAGGCCGAAGGCCGAGCCAGCUCGCUUGCUGCUCCGGGAGGCUCCAGCCGAAGGCUGGAGCCGACCGGAGCCCUACUCACAUAAGCGAAAAAUACUAUUUUAAUAAAAAAAAGAAGCGAAAAAUACUAUUUUAAUUAAAAAAAAAAGCGAAAAACACUAUUUCUAUAAAAAUUUAUUGCGAGCUGGCGAGGCCGAAGGCCGAGCCAGCUCGCUUGCUGCUCCGGGAGGCUCCAGCCGAAGGCUGGAGCCGACCGGAGCCCUAUUCACACAGCGAAACAGACUAUUUUUAUAAAAAUUUAUUGUGAGCUGGCGAGGCCGAAGGCCGAGCCAGCUCGCUUGCGGCUCCGGGAGGCUCCAGCCGAAGGCUGGAGCCGACCGGAGCCCUAUUCACACAGCGAAACAGACAAUUUUUAUAAAAAUUUAUUGCGAGCUGGCGAGGCCGAAGGCCGAGCCAGCUCGCUUGCUGCUCCGGGAGGCUCCAGCCGAAGGCUGGAGCCGACCGGAGCCCUACUUGCAUCAGCAAAGUUCAAAAUUUCACUCAAUCGCCAAGUGUAAUAUAAUUUUUAUUUAUCGACCGGUCGAAAGUUAGGAAAUUUUUUUUCCAUUUUCGCUAAAUUUUUGAUUUCGUCCUAUUCUGCGUGAAAUUCUAAGCCUUCUGAACCCUAUUGACAAUUAUUGACCGGUCGAAAGUUAUUCGCAAUUUUAGUCAAGUAUAAUAUUAAUUUGUUUCGGCUGUAACUUCGGUCAAAUCGCAUAUAAAUGGAUCGGCAUGGUCUCUAAAAAUCAGAAAUGUAAUCUACUACAAUAUUUUCUAUUUGAUUCCUGCAUUUUCUUUCAUUUAAAACAUUUUUUUCUCAAAUUUUCGCAAUUUUCGAGGUCAAGUACAAUAUAAAUUUUUUUUUGGUAUAACUCGCUUCCAGUUCCACAUAAAAUUUUGAUUUUUUUUUAAAUAUCAUAAAUCAAUCAUAUUUUGAUAAGCUCAUCAUUCCCCGCUGUUUUGAAAGUAUUUUAUCAAAAUUUAUUUGCAGUUCCUCGGGCGCAGCCUGCACCCCAAACCGCUUUGUUUCCCCAAAAAAGGGAGUCUAUUUUUCCGCAUUUUUCCGCAUGAGCUUUGUAAUUUUGCAUAAUUUCUUUCGUGCUUUUUCGUGUUAUAUAAUUUUUUACAUUUUUAAUUAUGUUCUUUCCAGGUUUCAUCAAGACCGAGCUCCAUCAAGACAGGACUUAGGUAUGUUUUUUUUUCUUUUCUUUUGUUGAUCGUGAAGGGGGGGGGCAGAAAGGAUGGAAACGGGCGUAAAAUGGUUGGGAAAAGCUUGGCAAAGCUUUGGCCGAGGUGUAUUAAAAGUUUUGUCGACGUUUUGUCGAACUUUUUGCCCAGUUUUCACCUUAUUUUAGGCGGCAAAAGGGUUUACCCAAGAGCCGCCUAAAAUAAGGUGAAAACUGGGCAAAAAGUUCGACGAAACGUCGACAAAACUUUUACUACACCUCGGCCAAAGCUUUGCCAAGCUUUUCCCAAACAUUUAACACCCAGUUUCUUCUUUUCUGUCAGAAAAAUUACUUAUUUUUGGGGUUUUUUGAAGUUUUUCCUAUUUUUGGGAAUUUUUUUAAUUUUUCGGUGUUCAAGGGGAAGGAAUGGGAAGAAAGAAGGUGUGAAAUGUUUGAUAAAAGCUUGGCAAAGGUUUGGCGGACCUUUGGCUCCUCUUUUCGCCCAGCUUUCACCUUAUUUUAGGCGGCUCUUGGGUAAACCCUUUUGCCGGCUAAAAUAAGGUCGAAACUGGGCAAAAAGUGGAGGCCAAACGUCCGCCAAGCCUUUGUCAAGCUUUUAUCAAACAUUUCACACCUACUUUCUUCCCAUUUCUUCCCCUUGAACAUCGAAAAAUUAAAAAAAUUCCCAAAAAUAGGAAAAACUUCAAAAAACCCCAAAAAUAAGUAAUUUUUCUGACAGAAAAGAAGAAACUGGGUGUUAAAUGUUUGGGAAAAGCUUGGCAAAGCUUUGGCCGAGGUGUAGUAAUAGUUUUGUCGACGUUUCGUCAAACUUUUUGUCCAGUUUUCACCUUAUCUUAGGCGGCUCUUGGGUAAACCCUUUUGCCGCCUAAAAUAAGGUGAAAACUGGGCAAAAAGUUCGACAAAACGUCGACAAAAGUUUUAAUACACCUCGGCCAAAGCUUUGCCAAGCUUUUCCCAACCAUUUUACACCCGUUUUCUUCUUUUCUUUCAGAAAACGGACUUAUUUUUGAAUUUUUUUUAAUUAUUUUUUUUUUUUUACAGAGCCGCUUUUGAAUCUCGAUAAAACUGAUCAAAGUCAAAUGAAUGUGAGUUUUUGAUUUCUUUGAAAGUACAUGUUCGUUUUACAGGGAGGGGAGGGGGGGGUGAGUUCGACGCUCAGAUUUUGAUGAAAUUUGGCACAUAUAAUAAUUCGGAGACUUUUUUUAAACAGAUUAACCAAAAUCCUACCUCGCGCUUUGCAGAAGCAACCGAGAUUUUCGAAAAGCAAGCGAAAACUUUACAACAUUGCUAAAAUUUUCGACAAUUGAUACUUCCUUUAUGAGUCACGUUUGUUCAAAGAAAAUGUGAGCGUCGUACUUGGGGUAAUCUAACUCUGUUUAGUUUCAACACGUAAAGAUCAUGAAACAAGUCGUGGUCCACACGGUUGGAGGCCACUCUGGCGGUGGCCGAGGAAAGCGUGGGGGUUGGCGCAAUAGAAGAGGGACGUUUAGAUCAAGACAGUAAGUUGUUUUUUUAUAGAUCGGACAUUCGUUAUAGACAGCUUUUUGUUGUCAGCAGAUUCAUUUUCAAUUAAUAGUAAUUUUGUUUCAGGUGGCGUGAUGGAUCGAGAUCUUCCGUCCCUGCCAUCUCCGGCGCCAUUACCGAUGUCGUUCCCAUCCCGAUCUCCCCUCCCAACGAGGUGAACCAGUAAGUUUUGCAAUGCUUUUUCAGUUGUUUCAUGACCUUUCGUUGUGUUAUUGUUUUGUUCUUCUUCAGAGUCGAGAACGAGAAAAUCAACUCUGAUUUCACGGCACAAGAUGUGGAUCAAAGCGAAUGUCAGACCCCGCCUCAUAUUGCGGAUGAGCCGAAUGUUGUCUUGCUUCAGCCGGAUGUUGAUGUCAAUGGGCCGGAUGUUGUUGUACAUGGACCGGAUAUUUCUCAAGAUGAAACUGUUAAAGAGGUAGAACAGCGGAGUCACCAGCCGCCCCUCAACGCCCUCGAGCUUGCCAAAAAACGAGAUGGCGAAAACGCGGAUGCCGCUAUCAAGGCCCAGAUCAGACGACUUCAAAACGAACUCAAGAAGUCUCAACAGAUCCAGGAACAACUGCAAAAACAAUUGGAAGAACAACAGCAGAAAAAGGAGCGGAAAGCUGAACGAAAGCGCUUGCGGGAGGCGGCCACGAAGCAAGUCGAUGAACAAGAAAAGGAGAACACGGAGCCUCUGAAGAAAGACGUGGUCACUAUCUCCGAGGCCAUCAAAAAGAAAUUUAAGAAAUAA